AUGGAAGGAGCCUCCUUCGGAGCGGGCCGGGCGGGGGGCGCCAUUGACCCCGUGGAUUUCCUGAAGCAGCCGCAGACCAUCCUCCGGGUGACGACCUGGAUCUUCUCCAUCGUGGUGUUUGGCUCCAUAGUGAACGAGUGCUACGUGAACAGGGACAGCCAGAACUCCGAGCUGCUCUGCAUCUUCAAUGGGAAUGAGAGUGCCUGCAGCUACGGCAUCGCUGUUGGCGUCAUUGCCUUCUUUGGCUGUAUCUUCUUCUUUGUCGUGGACCUCUACUUCCAGCAGAUCAGCAGCGUGAAGGACCGCAAACGGGCCGUCCUGCUGGACCUCGGCUUUUCAGGUUUCUUGUCCUUCCUGUGGUUUGUAGCCUUCUGCUUCCUAGCAAACCAGUGGCAACAGACAACGAUGAGCAAAGGGUUUUCGCAAGGAGCAGACGCUGCCCGGGCAGCGAUCACCUUCUCCUUCUUCUCCAUCAUCGUCUGGGUCGCGCUGGCGGUGAAGGCGCUGCAGAGAUACCGCCUGGGGACGGACAUGUCGCUCUUUGCCACCGAUCAAUUCGCCGCCGACCCCAACGCAGCGUACCCCGGCUACCCCACCGGCAGCGGCAUCGAGAGCACAGAGACCUACCAGAGCCCCCCCUUCACCGAGACCUUAGACACCAACCCGAAAGGUUACCAAGUGCCAGCGUACUGA